AGGCUAGAUAAAGUUAGAACUGAUCUGGGAUUAAGACCUUAUUUGCAGGGGACUAGUAUUACCAGGGGACCUCAUGUGAUUUAGAAAUUACUGCCCCACAUCAUUUGACACAUUUACUCGAUUUUAUUGACAUCAUCCCCCGGAUUUGAUGUCAAGGCUCUCCACUUCUUGAACGACAUUGAUUUGUCCCUGAAUUACCGAGAUGCCAAUUCACACUGGACUAACAUUCUCACAUUACCUCCGUGUUUGGCAAAAAAAUGUGUAGUUCUGGAUCAAGAAGGGAUUAUGGACUCUCCACUAGAGAAGAAAGGGGGAUUAAAAACCACCAGGCUGAAUUCAGAGGUUUUGGAGUGAAGAGGCUGCAAAUUGAUGCUGAAACCUGCUGAAGUCAACCACAGCUGGAAAGAGACGUCUGUUUCCAACAGCCCUCCCUCCAUCCCACCAUUCAUCCAUCAUGUCAGAGCCGUCUCCAGGCUGGUGGAAGCUCACUUUCCUGAGGAGAAAAAAAUCCCAGACCAAGGUUCUGUAUGAAAUCCCUGCAGAGUUUGUUUCCAACGCCUCCACCGGUCAGCAUGGGUCCGGCCCAGCCACCGGAGCUGCCGCCCACCCAGAGCACAUGGUGCACGACUCUCAGCUGGACGCCCGACUGGAGAGGAUCAUGGAUAAAACAGCCAGCAAAGGGCGCCAGGUCAAGGUUUCUCACUCUGGAAGGUUUAAGGAGAAGAAGAAAGUGCGAGCCACUCUGGCAGAGAACCCAGAGAUGUUUCCAGGAGGGGACGCUGCCAGAGAUGACAACCAGAUGGCUGAGAAGUGACAGGACACACACUAAACAUGAACAGUGAUGCAUUAAUAGGGAGAGGUUAAAGCUUGGCGUUUGGGUUUACGGCUCUCUCUCCCCUUGUUGUCAGUUGAUGGAGCCUAAAUUUGAGAAAACUCUCCUUAAUAUCUUUUUAAAAGGAGAACCGUUUGCAAAAUGGCCACAAAGACACUCAUCAGAAUAAGUUACAUUUAGACUUUAACUUGUGGAAAAAUGUGCCUAUAUAGUUUAUAUUUCUAUAGAGAAGAUGAGGUUUUCCCAUUCACUUCAAUACAAAAAAACAUCCAGUGGCCACUAGAGGCACUGGUGUCAGCUGCUGCAUUAUCUACUUGAUAAUAGAACUAUGGUGAUUGCAGGAAUUAAACUUCAACCUUCCCAGUACAUCUUCAACCCUCACCUAGUCCACUGUAUUGUUUAGAUGUACCGGGAUCAAACAUGUGACCUUUCCGUGACUGGAUGGAUUAUUUAACUAGUAGACCAUGCCAGCUGUGUGUGACAGCCACUGUGACUGGACCUUUGGACCUCAUGUGCAACUGUUCAGCGAUGUACCUUGAACUCAGAGUCAGAAUCCAAAAAUGGCUUAGCUUAAAUUACUAAAAACAAAGUUGAUCUACCUUUGGAAAAAGACACAACCUGAAGGUGUCAAAAUAACAGGGUAACCAAUAUUGACUCUAGAUUGGAGAUAAAUAAUGAGAUUCAUAUAUAUAUAUGUAAUUUACAGGGGGGAUGGGUGAGUUACAGCCCCCCUAACAAUCAAACCUGGCAAGACAUUUUCAUAUAAAUCAUCCUUGUUCUUCUUCACCCUCGGAUGUGUUUUCUUCUGGCCAGCCGCAUGAUGGAAACAUCAUCGAACCCCCCCACUCACUCGGUGUGAAUUCUCCGGAUAAUGAUUCACACAUGGGCUUAAUCGGACAUUACACACACUUUGUACUGGGGAGCUGGCAGGAUAGAGUCAUUUUAAUGUCAUGUUCAAUUGUUUCGGACAUUUGUGUUGUCACAUUUAGCUCUUCCAGGUAAUGUGUGAAAGGGGUUACUGUAAGAUAUUUUCCUACUUACACUUCGUGGUAUAUAUUUUCUUUUAUCUGCUGCGAUUUUUGCAUAUCUACUGCAAUUUCUCCUUCAACUCCGAUAGAAUGGAAAGUUCUGUAAAGACCUGGUCAUGCUUACAUUUAAAACAAUGACAUUUCACAGUGAAGUUUUCACAUUAACACACCUUUUCCCCCUCUUCCAUAACUCUUGUAGGCAAUUAAAAUGGGCAACUGGCCCAUAUUGCAAUUCAGCAAACCUAGAGCAAGGUAGUAUUCUAGCAUAGAAAGGUGGGUUUAUCCGGCCAUGUCCCUGCGUCAUGGUUCUAUAGGUCAAUUGGUCAACAGCUUCUUUAAUAUUUGAAAACCUACUGAAACACUCUGUCUUGGUUGAAUAUUUCGCUAUACCUUUCAAAAUAAGUUCACCCUAACACGUUAGCUGUGACAUUAGCUGCAGUACUAAAGCAUAUGUACAGUGGUUUACCUUUUUUUAAUUAAGGCAAAGUCCAUGUCUUGUAAUGUAAUCAACAUCUAGUAAAAUAUUAAAUUUAACCUGAAACAGCAACAUUCGUUGGUCGUGUAUAAAGUUACAAUUUGUUUUUUUAUUAAUCCAACUGGGGGAGCUGUGGAUCUUUAUAUACACUACCGGUCAAAAGUUUGGGGUCACUUCGAAAUUCCCAUUCCACUCCAUUAUAGACAGAAUACCAGCUGAAAUCAGUUGCAUUGUUUUUUUAACCAGGGCAGCAGUUUUCAGAUGACAUUAUGUGCUUACAUAAUUGCAAAAGGGUUCUCUAAUUUUUUCUCAGUUAGUUUUUUAAAAUGAUAUCAGAUUAGUAAACAGAAUGUGCCUUUGGAACAUUGGAUGAAUGGUUGCUGAUAAUGGGCAAUGUAGAUAUUACUUUAAAGAUCAGCCACCCUCUCAGAUCAGCUAGUAUUCUGUCUAUAAUGGAGUGGAAUGGAAAUUUGUAAGUGACCCCAAACUUUUGACUGGUAGUGUAUAUGAGUGUUUAGUGAAAAGGAAUGAAUGUAGUCUGGUUCGGCUGAAAUCAGCAGCAUCAGCAUCUAUCUACACAAUCUCUACACUAGAAGACAAACACUGCAUUCCUAGAAUACAACCACAGCAAACUGCCAACCUGCACAUGCUGUUGCCAGUAAAGUCCAGUAGAGGAUGGCAUUGUUCUACCCAGAAACCUCAUAUUCAACAGAUUCAAUCAAACACUCCUCUACUCUGGUUUUUGUGUAAAAGUUUGCCUUAGAAGCUUGUUUUCUGGAUAGAUGUAAAUCUCUCUUACGGCAUCAUUGCAUUUCAAGUGUUGCAUACGGUAACUUAGCCUACUUUGGAUGUAUCGUGAGCUAAACCGGGUACCGCUAUCACUGUCACUGUGUCACGAGCCAAAGCAUUGCUGUAGCAACCAACGUAAUAAUAACUUAAUUAAUAUAGCGCAUUUCAUGAAACCCACGGUCGCUUUACAGCGGGUAGACAGUGCAGGGCGACAAGAGAAAAGAAAAUAGUAGGCCAACACAAACACAGACUUAAAGAAAUAAAACGUCCGCGCUAAAUGGAAGGGUGACAUAAUUUAAUGUGUGCUACUGACGUACAACCACAUUGCGCAUUGUAAAGUUAUUUUAUGAACGAAAUAGAAAUAUUACAUACCUGAGGGCCAAUUCCGAGUGGGUUUUGAAUAAUUUAAAAUCCUGUAAUUGUCGCCAUCAUUUGAAAGCCCAACUGAGUGUGACUCGCGUUAUCGCCCAUUGUCUUUCACUUCCCCUUUCCCUUUUUGCAUUUAGUUCUUCGUUUAGUUUCUUUCUUUUCUGUGAUGGUCCUGCCCCGGUAUCAGCCAUAACUACAGCAGAUAACUUCUAAAAUAACAUUAAAAUACAGUAAGGCCUACAUAAAGAAAUCUCAAGUCCUGCUUCCUUUUACCUGGCUCAAAAGGCUGGAUACUAACCAUAGACCAAAAGUAACCAAAGUGCUGCAAGUGCCUUAAACCUGCAUUCUAUCUGAAUUCCAGCAAAAGGAGGUUGGUUUCUGUAGAAGUCUAUGAGAAAGUGACCCACUUCUCACUUGAUUUAUUAACUAAGUAAACAUUUUUUAAUUAUGGUCUCGUUGAUUUUAAAAUCGACGAUAAAGCAGGGGGUGUUUCAGGCUAUGGUGUGAGUGACAGUUUGCGGCCUGUCUUAUAUGUAAUAUAACUAUUGAACAAAGAUAUAUUUAAAACCUACCGAAGCUAAAUCUUACCUCGAGUUAUGUAGGCUAGCUUUCAGCAGCAGUUGCAUCCAGAUUGCCAGUUAAAGUGUGUAACGUAACGUAGGGUGUAAGCAGCGUUGCCAACUCUCAACUAGCGCCACAGUCAGAUACCGCCCAACAGAUGGCUCCUCCCUCACGUCUAAAAUCGUCACAUCCGCAACCAAGAUGGCUGCGCCUGUAACGGCAAACUCAACGACUCAUAGCAGAUCUCCACAAACCAAUGGGUGACGUCACAUGUGCUCUGUCCAUCAAUAUUUACAGUCAAUGAUACUAACACAGGUGUUCUGGUGUUGCAAAGAAAUCUGUGACCCAUCAGAAUGUGUUACUGUAGCGCUGUCUGCCUGCCGGAAAUCAUUCUGUGACUGCGUGGGAAAAAUCGAAAAACUAUAUUUUUAUAGUUCACUAUUAGUCUCAUAGGUCAUUUAAGACCAUUGAAUGAAAAAUGACAGAGCUUCAGAAACAUUAUAAAGUUACAUAGUCCCUUUAACAUCCAGUGAGUAGAUAAACUGCAGACUGUCUCUUUGAGACCACUUACCAAUACCAGUUUUGAUUCUGGGUGAAAUGAAUGUGAACAUGUUGAUACUGUAUUCUUCUCCAGUGCUAAAGUGCUCCCACAGUUGCUGUCAUCAGCUUGGCUCCAAAACUUGGGAUAUGUAUGGGCUUAUUUUUUUUAUUUUGUAGAUUAAUUAUUUUAUAAAUAAAGUUUGUCUGAUUUUAAAAGCAAAUGAUUUGACGUAUAUCCAUGCCAAGUACAACAGCUUUCAGUAAUAGAAAAGAUUUCAAAAGAGCACAGAGUUGCUGUGGUCACUUCAAACCACAAGGGGGAGUCCUCACUCCAUCUAAAAACCUCAUCAAGAUUCCUGUACUGUUGGGUGAAAUUACGUAAAAUGACACAUUACAUAUACUUG